AGGCGGCGAGCGUACGCUGCCUCGGCCAUUCGUCGUCCGGCGCGCGUCAGAGACACUUGGAGUACCGGGAGUCUCUCCUCUCUCUCUCAUACACACACACUCCUUUACAUUACCCGUGUCUCUCACCCAUACACGCGCACCCAACCAACCCAUCACGAUGUCUGGACUCGCGGAUCCCGUGGCGUUCGCCAAGGACUUCAUCGCCGGCGGUGUGGCCGCGGCGAUCUCCAAGACCACCGUCGCACCCAUCGAGCGCGUCAAGUUGUUGCUGCAGGUACAGCACAUCUCCAAGCAAAUCGCCGAGGAUCAGCGUUACAAGGGUAUGAUCGAUUGUUUCGUUCGUAUCCCACGUGAACAAGGAUUCCUCAGUUACUGGCGUGGUAAUUUCGCCAACGUUAUCAGAUACUUCCCAACGCAAGCCUUGAACUUUGCCUUCAAGGACAAGUACAAGCAGGUUUUCCUUGGUGGUGUUGACAAGAACACACAGUUUAUGCGUUAUUUCCUUGGAAAUCUCGCGUCUGGUGGUGCUGCCGGAGCCACAUCUUUGUGCUUUGUCUACCCGCUCGACUUUGCCAGAACCAGGUUGGCUGCUGAUGUAGGCAAAGGUAGCGGUCAACGUGAGUUCACAGGCUUAGGCAAUUGUUUGGGAAAAAUCUUCAAAUCGGACGGUCUCGUCGGUCUUUACCGCGGGUUCGGCGUAUCAGUGCAGGGUAUCAUCAUUUACCGUGCGUCUUACUUUGGUUUCUACGACACUGCCCGUGGUAUGCUACCGGACCCCAAAAAGACGCCUUUCCUCGUAUCGUGGGGUAUCGCCCAGGUCGUAACCACUGUCGCGGGCAUUAUAUCCUAUCCCUUCGACACAGUACGUAGACGUAUGAUGAUGCAGUCUGGCCGUUCCAAGAGUGACAUCCUGUACAAAAACACUCUUCACUGCUGGUCCACCAUUUACAAGUCGGAAGGUAGUAGUGCCUUCUUCAAGGGCGCGUUCUCCAACGUUCUCCGUGGUACAGGUGGUGCGCUCGUACUCGUGUUGUACGACGAAAUCAAGAACCUCCUUUAAAACGCUAAAACGAUCCUCGUCUCAUUACUUUCACGAUCAUUGAACCAUCGUCAUUAAUUAUCCACGCACCAUCCGAUUUGAUAGCGAUUCCCACGUACCGACGGACAGAAGAGGGACUUUCUUGCUGUCGGGCGAUAUUAAAUUAAGUAAUUCAGGCUGAGGACGUUCGAUGUAGCAGUUCGUAAAAGUGCAUAAAACUCGGGCGCAUAAAAAAAAUUGUAAACGUAAAAAGUAAGGAGCAACAAGCAUAGAAGAGAAUCUGCUUUAACUUAUUGCCGGAUUCAGUAUUUUUCCGCAGCGGUUGACAUUACGUAUUUUCGUAUACCAUUGUUGUAAAAACGUUGAAGAGGCAAGCGCAAUCGCGUAGGUAAUCGCGAACACCUGUUACCUGGAUAACGUUCCACACACGCCACGUUGAACAAGUAGACCGGUCGGAAUAUCAAAGUACUUUGAAAGUAAUAAAUUGCCUGGAGAUCCGAGUCAGCGCACGCGAAAACCAUCGAGAGAGGAGGACGCGCGACGAAGUGUCAUCACGGCGAUGGCGGGGCGCGUAGCCUGGGCCGCCCCCCGCCCUUAUUCUCGGCCCGUUGUAGAUAAUUCAUAAUUCGUAAUUAAUAAACCUAUCAUUGUAAUGGUAUCCGCCAGUCCGUUGAUUUUUGAUGGACGAUAAUUUAAUUUCGCACUCCAGACGACCAUAUGUAAGAUGAAAAGCGUUACUCAGAAUGUAUGCAUCUAAUCUGUUCAUGUUAGGAUGCAUGCAGGGAAAGCAGCAAAUCAAUAAAAACGAUAUAAAAUUUCAUA